AUGUCAAACAGUAUGAUGAUGUAUAAGAUCGUCUUACUUGGUGAUGGUGGUGUGGGUAAAACAACAUUAAUCAUUCAACUUUGUAUGAACAAAUUCAUGGAUGGUUAUGAUCCAACGAUUGAAGAUUCUUAUAGGAAACAUGUAGUGAUUGAUGAUCAACCUUGUAUACUUGAAAUCCUUGAUACCGCUGGACAGGAGGAAUACACUGCACUCAGAGAUCAAUGGAUCCGUGAAGGAGAAGGAUUCGUAUUAGUCUAUUCGAUCACAGCCAGAGCGACCUUUGAAAGAAUAGAAAGGUUUCGAUCUCAAAUCUUAAGAGUCAAAGAUUCUGAAUCGAUGCCAAUCAUCUUAGUAGGUAAUAAAGCAGAUAAAGCUAAUGAAAGAGAAGUAGGAAAAGAUGAAGGAAUUGCUUGUGCUAGAAAGAUGGGUUGUGAUUUUUUGGAAACGAGUGCUAAGACUAGAUUGAAUGUGGAAUCGGCUUAUUUUAAUUUGAUUAGGUGA